UCAGCUGCAGAGAUGAAUAAUCAAAGCAUAACCUAUGCAGAGCUGAAUCUGGUUAAGGACUCAAAGAAACAGCAAAUGAAAUCUAAGGGCACUAAAAGCUCCAUUUCAGUAACUGAGGAGGAAAUAACCUAUGCUGAAUUAAACCUUCCAAAUUCCUCUCAGGAUCUUCAAGGGGAAGACAGGAACCACCACGGCAAAGGUUUACCAUCACCUCCAGGGAAGCUCAUUGCUGGGAUCCUGGGACUCAUCUGCCUUGUCCUGCUCUGCAGUGUGGUAACAAUGAUAGCUGUUAUUCCCUCUAUUGUACCUCUGGAGCAGAACGAUUCAUCCCUGAUAACAAGGAAUCAGAAAGCAUAUCAUUGUGGUCGUUGUCCAAAGGAGUGGAUAACAUAUUCCAACAAUUGCUAUUACAUUAGUAUUGAAAGAAAAGCAUGGAAUGAGAGUUUGACGGACUGUGCUUCUAAGAACUCUAACCUGCUUUACAUAGAUAAUGAAGAAGAAAUGAAUGUUUUGAACUCCUUCAGGGUUUUGUCAUGGGUUGGACUCUUCCAUAGAAGCAAUACUAAUUCAUGGGUGUGGCCAAACGGCUCAACUUUUUCUUCCAAACAGUUCUCAGUAUCUUCAGAGGGAGAUAAGAAUUGUGCAUUCUUGUAUUUUCCUGAAAACAAACUGUCUUCUGAAUCCUGUUUAGAAACAAAAAGAUAUGUUUGUAAGCACCAGGCACUUUAGCUGAACUAUAUUUGGUAUAAUGCUACUCUCACCGACUA